AUGAAUCCACAUAAACUCCAUUACCUUUUCUUCUGCACAAUAUUGUGUUCAAUACUUUCAGGAGACACAAAAGCUCAGAUUUUUAACGAACGAGCUUCUCUCCUUACGUUCUUUUCCGGGAUCACUUCUGAUCCCGAAAACGUUCUUCAGAGCUGGAAUAGCUCUGUGAUUCCGGUAUGCAAUUGGACCGGAAUCACAUGCAACCGGAAUCAUGAUUCCAUUCUCGAGUUAGAUCUCAGUGGAUCUUCGCUCCACGGAAUUAUAUCUCCUGCCAUUUCUCAACUUUCACGAUUAACGGUUUUGGAUCUUUCUAGAAAUUUCUUCGAGGGUGGCAUUCCGGGAGAGAUCGGGUAUCUUUUCGAGCUCAAACAGUUAAGUUUAUCGUCCAAUCUUUUACGUGGGAGUAUCCCGUUUGAAUUAGGAUUUCUUUCUAAGAUACAAUAUCUUGAUUUGGGAAGCAAUAUGCUCGUUGGAGACAUUCCAAUGGCGCUUUUUUGUAACGGGACAUCGGUCUUAGAGUAUGUUGAUAUAUCGAAUAAUUCGAUUAGUGGUCCGAUUCCAUUGACCGAAGAAUGUGAAAUCCAAGAGCUACGGUUUCUUUUGGUUUGGUCGAAUAAGCUUACGGGAAGGGUCCCGAGAGCCUUAGCGAAUUCUUCAAAGCUUAAAUGGUUGGAUUUGGAGGUGAAUGGUUUUGAAGGGGAGUUACCGUUUGAGAUUGUGAAGAAUUUAACAAACUUGCAGUUUGUUUAUUUAUCUUACAACCGUUUUUCGGGCCCACUCGAGCUGUUCUUUUCGGCUUUAACUAACUCUUUGUAUUUACAAGAACUAGAGUUAGCUGGAAACAGACUUUUCGGAAAGAUUCCUGAUGUUAUCGGGAAUCUUCCCAAGAGUUUGGUCCAGUUACAACUUGAUGACAAUCAGAUAUCCGGAGAGAUACCUCCGGAUAUCAAUAACCUUCUGAAUCUCACCCUUCUCAACUUGUCUAGAAACCUCUUGACAGGAAAGAUCCCACAUGAACUAUGCCUGAUGGAGAAUCUCGAACGACUUUACUUAUCAGAUAAUUUGCUCUCAGGUGAAAUCCCAUCAGCUUUUGGGAAUGUUUCGCGAUUGGGUCUUCUUGAUUUGUCAAAAAACCGACUGUCAAACUUGAUUCCCGACACUUUCUCGAAUCUGUCGCAAUUACGGAGUUUAUUGCUUAACAACAACAAGCUCGUGGGAACAAUUCCAUCAAGCCUUGCACAAUGCGUAAAUUUGGAGAUUCUUGAUCUUUCGCAUAAUCAAAUUUCUGGCUUGAUUCCGAAUGAUUUUGCAAGAUUGAACAGCUUGAAAUUGUACCUCAACAUCUCACACAAUCACUUGAAUGGGCAUCUACCACCGGAACUCAGCAAGAUGGACAUGGUUCUUGCCAUGGAUUUAUCAUCAAACAACUUUUCUGGUGAGAUUCCGUCACAGCUUGGAAGCUGCAUUGCGCUCGAACACCUCAAUCUCUCUGGGAAUGCACUCGAAGGCCCUCUUCCCGAUUCAAUCGGGAUGUUGCCAUUUCUUGAAACAUUUGAUGUUUCAUUGAAUAGAUUGUCUGGAAAGAUACCGGUAUCUUUCCAGACAUCUUCCAAGUUGAGACAACUCAACUUCUCAUAUAAUAACUUCUCUGGGAACGUAUCUUUUCCGUUUCUUGAUAUCAAUUCUUUCCUUGGAAAUCCAAGGCUCUGUAGUGGUGGGAUGGAAGGGAUGCCAAAUUGCAAGAACAAGCGGAAAAAACACUCGAUUCAGCUGUGGGUUUUGCUUACCCUACUUGCCGUAGCCACUUUAAUCAUGUCUAUGAUUCCUGUAGUUUUCAAAUGGAAAUCAAAAAAGAAAUUUUCAAAAACUUUCAUCCGGAAAAUUGGGUAUGAAGAGGACGAUGAAGAGGAAAGAAAUGAACAGAGCUACCCAAAGAUCUCUCAUCAAGAACUCAUGGUAGCAACAAAUGGAUUCAGCAGAUCGAAUCUAAUCGGAACAGGCCAAUUUGGGCAAGUAUACAAGGGGAUUCUCAAAAGACAACACGAAGAUUGCUGUGAAAGUUAUAUGUUAUGCAAAAGCCGAGGAAAGCUCUGGGAGUUUCAAAAGAGAAUGUGA